AUGCUGGAGUACUUCACCUACAAGAAGGUCAAGAAGCACAGGACUGAGAAGGCAGAGAGAGAGCGCUUGGCCAGCUCGCCCAGCGCGGCCUCCCCUUCUGCGCCCCCGCCCACCACCAUCGUCUCCAAGCCGAAUGACGAGCCCAUUGGCACCCCGCUCCUCAAUCAGGAGGACGAGAGGUUCCUCGAGCGCAUCACCUCGCCCGACUCCAGCGCAGUGGGCGACAAUGGCUAUGACGAUGAGAAUCCACCGCCACUGCCUCCCCGCGUCCCCACCCCCAUGCUGAGCUGGGACAGCGAUGCCGAGAGCUUCAAAAGCCAGGAGGCCAAGGCCAAGGACAAGGGCAAAGGCAAGGCUGGCAAGACCGAUGUCAAAGAUGCCGACAAGAAGCCGGCCAACAAACGCUUUUCCGUCAUCACCAACAUCGGGCGCACCAUAUCCCAGCGUGCCAAGCGGCCCAGCACCGAGAACAGCGGCCUGAAGCCGGCGCAGCUGGCCGUGCCCGAGCGCGAGCUGCACCGCGAGGAGACGGACAUCUCGCGCGUGCUGGACGACCUGAACCUGUCGGCGUCCAACAACAAGGCCUUCUCGCUGUCGGCCGACUCGACCGAGAUGGUGCGCAAGUUCAACCUCGUACUCAAGGACCUGGUCAAUGGCGUCCCCACGGCCUACGGCGACCUGGUCCGCCUGCUUGACGAUCGCGAUGGCAUCCUCGCCAAGAACUACGAGAAGCUGCCCAACAGCCUCAAGAAACUCGUCACCCAGCUGCCCAACAAGCUGACCUCCACCCUGGCCCCUGAGCUCCUGGCUGUCGCCGCCGAGGCCCAAGGUCUCCGGACAGAGGACAUGGGCAAGGGCGGCCUUAAGGGCGCCGCCAAGUCGUUCCUCACACCCAAGAAUCUCCAGGAGAUAGUUACGAAACCCGGCGCGGUGGUUGGCUUGUUGAAGGGUAUCGUCAAUGCGCUGAAGACACGCUGGCCGGCGUUCAUGGGGACCAACGUUCUCUGGAGCGUGGCCAUCUUUUUACUCCUUUCGGCCCUGUGGUACUGCCACAAGCGCGGGCGCGAGGAGCGCCUCGAGCGAGAGGCUACCGAGAAGGAUCCUCUGCACGGCGUGGACCGUGUCGAAGAGCUCCCCGACGACCCCCAGCUGCCGGCCCCCGCCCAGGCCUCAGGCUCGGCCACACCGCCCCCUGUUCAGGGACGCUCCGGAAAAGCGUCGCCUCCCCGUGUGAAGUCCAGCAGGAAAUGA